AUGGAUUCACCAAAACUACACAACAUUAGACUACAAACUUCUAUAACAUUGAUUCUCAUCAUUCUUUUUCUUACGUUAUUUGCUUCUAGUUUAGGGUCACAAAAUUUGAAGAAAGAUCAUGGAAAUAAAGAUGGAAAGAAGUUAGUAUUGGGGUCAAGACCUCCAAGGUGUGUUAACAAAUGCUUGAGCUGCAAGCCUUGCAUAGCUGUUUUAGUUAUCUCUCCUCAUCACAAAGUUGGUCACAUUCAUAAGGCAAUAUUAGAAGGUGAAAAAGAUGAAGGUUACUAUCUUUUGUCAUGGAAAUGCAAGUGUGGUAAUAAAUUAUUUCAGCCAUGA